GAGCGGGCAGGGCUGGAACAUUCAGGAUCACCUGCCCCGGGACACUCACCUAUGUGGCAUUGGAGGCCUGCCUGCCUUGUUCACGCCAUAAUCAGCCCCCAAAGAGACUGCACAGGGCUCCCCCAGGAUCAUUCCCACCCAGCCUUGGAAGCUUCCAGGUGUUUGCCCCUGCCGUGCCACCUGCUUGGAACCCCUUCUCCCUGGGCUUUGUGUCCCCCAUUCGAAGGCUGGUGUUCCCCAAGGCUGCACGCCGUGCAGCCUUUCGGACCAGUGUGAGCCGCCGGCCCCUGCACUCAAUGCCCCUUUAUCCCCCCGACUACCUCAUCGACCCCCAGAUUCUGCUGUGUGACUACCUGGAGAAAGAGGUCAAGUUCCUGGGCCACCUCACCUGGGUGACUUCCUCACUCAACCCCUCCAGCCGGGAUGAACUCCUGCAGCUUCGGGACACCGCCAGGCAGCUGAAGGAACUGCCGCUGAAGACCACGGCGGAGCAGGACAGCAUCUUGAGUCUGUCGGCCCGCUGCCUGCUGCUCACCUGGCGCGACAACGAGGAGCUCAUUCUGCGCAUCCCGACACACGAGAUCGCCGCCGCUUCCUACCUACAGGACGACGCGCUGCACUUGCUAGUGCUUAAGACCGGUCUGGGCGUGGACCCGGUGCCGGCCGGCGUGGACGCUAGCCCAGGCGGUGCGGGACGCGACCCGGGCCCGCCGGGCGCAGCGCCCGAGAAGCGGCGGGUGGGCACCGCGGAGCGGCGCCACACCAUCUGCAGCCUGGACUGGCGGAUGGCGUGGGGCGGGGGCGCGAGCGCCGAGGCCCGGGCGGGGGGCGGCGGCGGAGGCAGCCUGGAGCGCCAGCGCGCCGGGCCUCGGGCGUCCGGCAGCUGGGAGCGGCGGCAGACGUUCAGCGGCAGCUGGGAGCGGCGACACGCGGGCGGCGGCGGCGGCGCGGGCAAGCCGGGCGGCAGCUGGGAGCGGAGGCAGGCGGGCAGCGGCGGGGGCAGCUGGGAGCGGCGCCACCCCGGCCCCAACCCUCUGGACCCUCAGGACCCCAGCCCCGAUGCCUACUGCAACCUUGUCAUCCUGGCUGUGGCCAACAGGGAUGCUGCCGAGGAGUCCUGUGCACUCAUCUGUCAGGUCUUCCAGAUCAUCUACGGAGACCAGAGCAUCGAGUGUGUAGACCGGGCUGGUUACCACUACACGUCCACACCUGACCGACCGUGGCUCUGCAGCCGCAGUGACAGCUGCCGGACAGAUGGGACUUAUGCCUACGACGCGGACUUCAGCUGCUGCAGCUCCUUCAAUGGCUCCCAGGACACAUUUGAAGCAUGUUACAGCGGCACGUCCACUCCUUCUUUCCAUGGUUCCCACUGCAGUGGCAGUGACCACAGCGGCCUGAGCCUCGAGCAGUUGCAAGAUUACAUGGUCACGCUGCGGAGCAAGCUGGGCCCCCCUGAGAUCCAGCAGUUUGCACUGCUGCUGCGGGAGUACCGGCUGGGCCUGCCCAUCCAGGACUACUGUGCCGGCCUGCUGAAGCUCUACGGAGACCGGCGCAAGUUCCUCCUCCUCGGGAUGCGGCCCUUCAUCCCGGACCAGGACAUCGGUUACUUUGAGGGCUUCCUGGAGAGCGUGGGCAUCCGGGAGGGCGGCAUCCUCACCGACAGCUUCGGCCGCAUCAAGCGCAGUAUGAGCUCCACGUCGGCGUCCGCGGUGCGCAGCUACGAUGGUGCAGCCCAGCGGCCGGAGGCGCAGGCCUUCCACAGGCUGCUGACCGACAUCACGCACGACAUCGAGGCUCUGGCCCCAGACGACGACGAUGAUGACGACGAUGAUGACGAUGAGUCCAGGGGUGGAGGCGAUGCUACUGAAGACAACUACCUGUAGCCUCUGCCCAGGUAGAAGGAGUGGAAGGGGUGACCCCACAGCCGGCCCCUGAAUCUCCCUCACGCUUGGUGCGCGACCCCACCCCCCAGGACCCCUAGUCACACCCUGGCCACAGGUCUCCACUGCGCGGGUUUCCAUCCCUGCCUUCGGGGCUCAGGUCCCUGCAGUACCCAGAAUUUCCUGCAGGGGGCGUGCGAAGCUGCAUCCUAAAGCACCAGAGAGUCUCCCAGGGUUUGGCGGGCGCCUCUCCCAUGGGCAGCGGCCCUACUUUGUCCCACUGUCCCUGGGGGCGCAGCUCCAGGACACCCUUUCCUUCUCGGGACUUGCGACUCUGCAGCUCUCUGGAGGCUGUGGGAUAAAGAGUAGCGCCACCUGCUGGCAGACUGAGAAAAGAAUAUCCAGUUCACUGCCAGCACCACCACCCCACCAACAAAAGAAAAGAAAAAAGAAGAGAAAAGAAAGAAAGAGAGAGAGAGAGAAGAAAGAAAAGAAAGGAAGGGAGGAAAAAAGAAAGAAAGAGAAAGAAAGAAAGAAAAAAAGAAAGAAAGAAAGAAAGAAAGAAAGAAAGAAAGAAAGAGAAAGAAAGAAGAAAGAAAGAAAAAGAAAGAAAGCAAGCUAGCUCAGAGACCUCUGUCCAAUUUUACUGACUGGGAAACUGAGAUCCAAAAAAGUGUGGGACUCUCCUGAUCCUCCUUAGGUAUCACCUCCCUUUUUUCAUCUCUGUAAUCAUGUCAGCCCUAAUAUUUUUACAGAGGUUGGUGAAGGUCAAGACCUUAGCACUGGGCCUAGCACAUGAUAGGCACUCAAUAAAUGCUGUUCCCUUCCA